CCCUCCAGCCCCUCCUAGUUUGUCUUAUCAUUUUAAAUUUUCCGCUCAUUUUCAUAUUUUGAAGUUGAAGUUUUUAGUUUUAAGUUUAUUUCAAAAUCAGGUCUGAGAGAAAUGAAAUUAGUAUGCACCAUGAUUUUUAUCCUCUUUUGUACUGUAUUAAAGUAAUUUUUAGAAAUUAGUCGUUCAAAUAUGCAUGUUCGAUAUUCGAUAAACAUUCUGUAUCAAAAUUGAUUCAAAAUUUGAAAUUGAACCAUUCCACAAUGCUCGUCAAUACUCAUAACAAUCCUAUACACGAGGACAAUAAGUCGAGAAUACUCUCUUCAGAAGAAUGGGAUCGGUUGAAAUACGAAAUAGAGAAUUCUUUUAUUCCGAAGAACACGAUAAUUGAAUCCAGACCAUUUGAAGUGGACGAUUUCAUCGGUGUAUUGGAUAAUGUUAUGUCAUGCUUUGAAAAGCUCUCUGUAUUCUCACUGAUACCUCCAGAGGAUCUUUCUACAUCUUCGAAAAAUCGUUACGAAUGUAUUAGUUAUGCUAUAAUAUUUUGUGGAGAGCAUUCUUCAAAGAACGUGUGGACUGAUGAUGAUUGUGUGGCUGCGUCUCAAACAACUUUAAAAACAUUAAUGUCUGCUUGUUCGUGUAAAACAUUGGACGAAUAUAUGAUUAAACUAGAUCAACAAGAAACACUCCGUGGCGUUAAUUUACUUACUUUUAUUCUACCUAAAUUAUCGAAAGAAGAAUGGAAGUAUCAUCCGUCUAUUACAUGUUGCCUUACUUGGCUCCUGAGUCAUAUUGAGUUACCAAAUAUGAAACAUUUCAUUCAGAUUGUCUUACCAAUAUCUUUGAAUAUUUUGGAAGAUUAUGCCACCUUUAGUAAGCAAAUGGGUCUGAAAUGCUUGUGCCAUAUCUUGACGAAUAUUUCUGCAACGGAAUUACAGUGGCAUAUUCAACUGGAAUCAUUACAAAAUAUCCUCAAAAGGUAUCUGUAUUUUAGAGACUGCGAAUUAAUCCUUCUCGUGAUAAGUUGUGCUUUAGAUGUCGCGGAGAAAUCUCAACCAAAUAUGAAGCUUACUGGUGUUAGUUUAAAGUGGUCAUUUUACGACGAAAUACUGAAUAUCGCUCUUCCUUUGAUGGAAUUCGAACAAGACACAGAAAGAAGACAAUUGUACGGAGAUUGCUUGUGUUUGAUUGCUAAUUCAGUCAACGUUUCAGCUAUCAGAUGGCUACCAAGAUUUUUAAGAAUAAUAGAAGACUACAGUAAAACUGAAAUCACUGAAAAACACGCUAUGCUGGCUUUAAAUUUAUGUCUUCGUUGGUGCUGGCCAGUCGCAUACCAACACUGGAGAAGGAUUAACGUAAUUGCUGGAAGAAUCAUUUUUAAUUCAAAUAAAACCGAAGUUAUUAAGGAAGCUGAAAUUUGUAUUCGUUCGUUGAAAGAUAUUGCACCCAAGGAUACUGCUAUUUUGGACGUAGAAACAAUAAGAAGUAGAAAAAAGUGAAAUUUAUUCAUUUUUUGUAUAUCAAUCAAUGUGUACUUUUUGUUACCAUGUAUUUUACUGAUUCAGUAAUUUUUUGUAAUUUUUUUAUUCAAUGAAUAAUAUUGGGGAAAAAAUUGUGAUUGAA